UCUUAAUCCUCAAUAAUUACUCCUAAUUAAAAAAAAUUGUGAAUUUCGCGUCUCUUUAGCUGCUUAAGUAUAGGACAUGGUCUAUACUACUCAAGUCGUUUAGUGAAUAUAUGUGCUUUUUGCUUAUUGAACCAAUGGAGCAACCCCAGUCUCAUAUCAUUCUCGUACUACAUUUUAUUGCAUAAGAUGCGUCUCUCAUCCAUGCGAGAAUGGAGUGAAUCUCAUCAAAAUUAUGAAAGUCUUGUCGUAAACUCACCUAGAUAGACUCGGUUCUCGAAUUAGAGUUUCAUGUUCUGGUUUUGAGUCUUAAUAUGAUUGCUUGUGUUUCCUUUUAGCGUACUCACCCUCUCUUUUCUUAACCUCAUGAUCUCAACUGAAGGUCAAUGGCAAACUCCAACACGAGAAGAAACCCUCCAACGGUUCCCUCAUCAUCAGAAGCCAAUUCUUGUGGAGCAGCAUGCGAGUCCGACCCGGAAUUGCGAACCUUCGAUGCAAACCUCCAAGCUAGGACAAACCAAGUCCUCAGCACCCUUGCUUCCGGGGUUGAUGUCCGAGCUCUCUCACAGGAAUCUAAAGAGAUGACCGUGUGCCUCUUGGAGAUGAACCAGGAAGUGGUCAAAGUCAUCUUGGAUAGCAAGAAAGACAUCUGGAGAAAUCAAGAGCUGUUCGUGCUCGUCGAGGACUACUUCAAUAGUAGCUCGCACACCCUUGAUUUCUGCGCUGCCCUUGAGAAUUGCUUGAAGCAUGCGUGCAAUGCCCAUUUGCUGAUUUUCGUGGAGCUUCAUCUCUUCAAAGAGGAAGAUGGGGAGGGGUGUUGCAGUUACUCAAAGAUCUCGGAGGAACUGACAAAAUUCAAGGAGACGGGAGACCCCUUCACCGAGGAGUUCUUGGAGAUCUUUCAGGCAAUUCACAAGCAACAAAAGUCCAUACUCAAGAAGCUGUGGAUCAAGAAAAAGAAGAUUGACUGGAAGCUUAAGAGCAUACAGACGUGGAGGAAGGUCUCAGAUAUGAUACUGGUUGCAGCUUUCACAGCCAUUAUGAUCUGUUCAGUCAUGACUGCUGCGGUGGCCGCUCCGCCAGUUGCUGCUGCCCUAGCAGCUGCAACCGCCAUUCCCAUGGAUGCGAUUUGCAAGUGGAUUGACUCCAUUUGGAAGAAUUAUGAGAAUGCACUGGAGGGGCAGGCGGGGGUGAUCACCUCAAUGCAAGCCAGUAUCUUUGUUGCUCUCAAGGGCCUGGACAAAAUCAGAAUUACAAUUGACUCUUUGGAGGUAAAGAUCAAGAGCCUCUUGAAGGAAGCUGAAUUUCCGAUUGAGGAGGGAGGAGAGGCUUUAAAGCUCGGAACAGCAGACAUGAAGAAGAAGCUGAAAGAUUUCAUCAAGGAUGUCGAAGGCCUGGGAAAGCAUGUCGAUAUGUGCAGCCGCAAUAUCCAGAGGUCGAGGAUAGUGGCGCUUCUGAGGAUUAUAAAGCCCCCAACCAAUUGCAAUGGUGCCCCUAUUGCUAUAGAGAAUUGUUGCUAA